AUGAUAUAUUCAAUCAAUCACGUUACAAAUAGUUUGAUGCCACAUACAUUUCAUGACUCAUCAAGCAGUUCUUGCAGCACGUCCUCUUUUUCCGAGGACGAGACUGAUGACAAACCGCUAAAGCCGAUCAAAGAUUAUUUAUACAAUCGGAAAGAAAUGUCACGGCAAUUAUUUAUGUCAGUAAAGACUGAAAAAAUAAAAAUGAUGUUACCGCAAACAUUGAAGAAAACAGAUUUAAGUGAGCUAGAAGAAUUGUGUGUGAAUGAAUUAUGCGGAAUGUCAAAGUCUAGAGUCCUGUCAAUAUUAAAUGGCAAGCAGAUGUUAGAUUCUUCCAAUACAAGUGAGUCAGAUGAUUCAGGACCUUCGUUAGAAAUAAUUUCCGACACUGAGGCUUGGAUAACUGACAGUGAGCUGCCAGAUGAUAAGGACAAGGUCUCGGCGUCUAAAAGCCGUAAGGUAAAAACGAAAAAAAUAAAAAAAGAGCCCACAGCUUCCGACAAACAAGCUAAGACAAAUUCUCAAAAUAAAAAUAAGUCCGCCCGUAAGCAAACAGCAGAUUUAGUUAAAGUUAAAAAUGAAAAGGAGUCGAAAAGCCAGCCACAACAAGGUGAGAGUCUUCUUGAUUUACUGGAAUUGGAGAUGCGGGCGCGGGCUAUUAGGGCUUUAAUAAGGAAGGAGGAAGAUAUAAUUCCUAAUGAAUCAACAACUUCUAAAAUAUCUGUUAAUGUUAAUAGUUUACUAGAUCAAGCCAAUAUUUCAUUGGCCGUCGGUUUGGGAAAUAAUUCAACCAAGGAAGCGGAUAAAAGCAGCGCUAGGAGCAAAGUUGAAGAAGCUGUUUCUCUCUCGUUGAAUUCAAAUGAAGACGAAGAUGUGGUUUUAGUUGUCAAACCAACGCCGACGAUAAAUUUACUGUCUAGUGACAGCGAAGCUGAGGACUCUAACGUCAAUAUUAGUAAAUCUAAUGGCGAAAAAAUAGAGACGAGUACUGAAUGUUCUUUAACAGAUAAAAAUAAUAAAGAAAAUCAGGAUAAAUUGUCAGACUCUUUAAAUAUUAAUAAAAUUAAUCAAGCUAAUGAUGUUAACAAUAAAUCUUCGGGUGGUACUAAUAGCGAAUCGAAGGACAAAUCUCAAGACUCGGCAAUAACUAAAGUGCCAAGUGAUAAGUCAAGUGAGUUAUAUAAAGAAAAGUCAAAAAAAAUUAAUGAACCAUCAAAAGUAUUGGAAGAAAGUAGUAGUAACUCAAUAAUCUUGCACGACGAAGAUGAAAUAAUAGAUUUGGAUAAUUACUCAGAUGAUAUGGACGAAAUAGAAAAUGAUAAAAUAAUUGAAUCGUCUGUCAAAAACAAUCCGAGUAAAGUUGAGGUAAAAUUUACUGUCGAAAGCAACUCGACUGAAAGUUCAUCACUUGAUUCGAGUGAAACUUGGGCAACUCGUUAUUAUCAGACAGAUAAUGUACAAAGCGUUAUAAAGGAAUCGAAAAUUCAAUCGGAAAUAAGAAAACGUUUGCGCGAGAGACAAAAGCUGUCGAAACUUAAUAAUAAUAGUAAUAAUAACGGGAACUCUGCUAGCAAAGAGUCUGUUAUAAAAUCUAACGCCGUUGAAAAACCUAUUGAGCCGGAUAAUAGUAAACCGACAGGAUCAGUUGAAGAAUAUUUAGCUCUCAAAAGAGUCUCCAGUCCAGACGUUAAAUCCACAGUAUGUGAACAAAAUCCAACUGACGUUAAAGUCGAUAAUAUUCCCGGUGAAAAAAUAUUCCCAGUUACUACUGAGAAUAUUGAUCAAAGUGCUGGUGAUGAAUCGACAAUUGAACAGCCUCAUGUGUCUCCAUCAAUACCGGUCCAGGAAAAUUCGUGA